ACAGUGCAGCAAACGCUUUGCUUCCUUACUGAGAGAUUUUGGUUUUCGUUCUGACCUUUUAGGGAAUCGGGGGAUCAGACGAUUUGAACUGCUGACUCGUCCGUAUCAGAGAGGGAAAGAACAAGCUUCAAAUCUCGAGAAACCUCUGGUGUGAAAAUUAUACUCCUUCCCCUUGUUUCUUUUGCUUUUAUUCACGUAAGCUUCGGAUAACGAGGAAAAGAGGAGCAGAUGCGAAUGUAUUGAGGUUUAUAGGAGAAAAGAAUCACUGUCUCUACUGUUUCAGGCCUGCCAUCCUAAAACAUUUGGUGGAUGAUAUAUCUUCAAAGAUUCAAUGUUUACGGAUGUUUCUGAAAUAAACAUAGAUUGUCUGCUUGUUGGAGUUUCCUAGAUUAAGAGCAGAUCAUUAAGGACGUUUGAGGUGGUUUACAGCUCCGAUCUCGAAAGAUCUAUCUCUCUUGUGUUCAACGCUGCUUCAUAGUGAGGAAAGAAGGACAAAGACGUUUGAGCUUGGGAAACGGCGACCUUUUUUCUAAAAUAUUUUCUUCGCCCGUGCGUUUCGAGAUAGUUGGAGGGGCAAUUUUGAGGAAGCAUAGAAUAUGGUGGUUAAUUUCUCCCCACCCUCCGGGGCGGACGUGUUUGACUCCUGAUCCUAAAAUAGCAGGGUUACGUUUUGGUUACCUUAGUUGUGAUGCCAGCGGAGAUAAAGCAACCCAACUCAGCUUCCUGCUUGCUGAGUGCUAGAAUAUUAAGAGCUGCUUUCGUUUGAGUUAGCUCUUUCUGGUUGAGCUUUUGGAUAAGCGGUUCGUAUAGUGUGAGAAAAUUUUUUGGGGCUUCUGCUACCUGUGCUUCUCUGGUUUUGAAAUGAUGAUGGCCGUGACAACGUCCUGCAAGGAGGGUAAAACUGGGAUGGACAAUGGAAAGUAUGUCCGCUACACUCCUGAGCAGGUGGAAGCGCUUGAAAGGUUCUAUCAUGAAUGCCCGAAGCCCAGCUCCCUUCGGCGGCAACAACUUAUCAGAGAAUGCCCAAUUCUCUCCAACAUUGAGCCAAAGCAGAUAAAAGUCUGGUUCCAGAAUCGAAGAUGCAGAGAGAAGCAGCGGAAAGAAUCUUCACGCCUUCAAGCUGUCAAUAGGAAGCUGACUGCAAUGAACAAGCUUUUAAUGGAGGAGAAUGACAGGUUGCAGAAGCAGGUGUCACAGCUGGUGUAUGAGAAUGGCUACUUUCGCCAACACACUCAGAGUACUGCUCUUGCCACCACGGAUACAAGUUGUGAAUCCGUGGUGACCAGCGGUCAACACCAUUUGACGCCUCAGCAUCCGCCAAGAGAUGCUAGCCCUGCUGGACUUUUGUCCAUUGCAGAGGAGACUUUAACAGAGUUUCUUUCGAAGGCCACUGGAACUGCUGUGGAGUGGGUCCAAAUGCCUGGGAUGAAGCCUGGUCCGGAUUCCGUUGGAAUCGUUGCUAUUUGUCACGGUUGCACUGGAGUAGCUGCACGUGCCUGCGGUCUGGUGGGUCUAGAGCCCACAAGGGUAGCAGAAAUCCUCAAAGAUCGGCCUUCAUGGUUCCGUGAUUGUCGAGCUGUGGAUGUGUUAAAUGUGCUGCCCACUGGAAACGGUGGAACCAUUGAGCUGCUCUACAUGCAGCUCUAUGCGCCAACAACAUUGGCACCUGCUCGGGACUUCUGGUUGUUGCGCUAUACUUCUGUAUUAGAGGAUGGUAGUCUUGUGGUCUGUGAAAGAUCACUUAGCAACACUCAGGGUGGUCCAAGCAUGCCACCAGUACAGCACUUUGUGAGGGCAGAAAUGCUGCCGAGUGGGUACCUGAUAAGGCCCUGUGAAGGGGGUGGAUCAAUUAUACAUAUUGUUGAUCACAUGGAUUUGGAGCCAUGGAGUGUACCAGAAGUGUUGCGCCCGCUGUAUGAAUCAUCAACGGUGCUUGCACAGAAGACAACAAUGGCGGCUUUACGCCAGCUAAAGCAGAUUGCCCAAGAAGUUUCUCAGCCAACUGUGUCCGGUUGGGGCAGGCGACCUGCGGCCCUACGAGCACUUAGCCAGAGGCUUAGCAGGGGAUUUAAUGAAGCCCUUAAUGGUUUUACUGAUGAGGGAUGGUCUGUGAUGGGAACUGAUGGCAUGGAUGAUGUUACAGUCCUCGUGAAUUCCUCUCCUGGCAAAAUCAUGGGUGUUACUCAUUCCUUUGGAAAUGGAUUUCCAUCUGUCAGCACUGCUGUUCUGUGUGCCAAGGCAUCUAUGCUUUUGCAGAAUGUGCCUCCAGCUAUACUCCUCAGGUUCCUUCGGGAACAUCGCUCGGAAUGGGCAGACAACAGCAUUGAUGCUUACUCAGCUGCAGCUGUUAAAGCUGCUCCCUGUAGCUUACCGGGGUCUAGAAUCGGAAGUUUUGGUGGUCAGGUUAUCCUUCCGCUGGCUCACACAAUUGAGCAUGAAGAGUUCUUAGAGGUCAUUAAGCUGGAAAACAUGGGCAGUGGUCAGGAUGACACAAUUUUAUCUAGGGACAUAUUUCUCUUGCAACUAUGUAGUGGUGUGGAUGAGAAGGCUGUAGGCACCUGUUCUGAGCUUAUUUUUGCUUCAAUUGAUGCAUCUUUUGCUGAUGAUGCACCUCUUUUACCUUCUGGUUUCCGCAUCAUCCCGCUCGACUCUGGGGUGGACGCUGCCAGUCCAAAUCGUACACUGGACCUUGCUUCUGCUCUUGAGGUGGGGCCCACUGGAAGUAGAACAUCUGGUGACUAUUCUGGCAGUUGUGCUUCUAGAUCCGUGAUGACUAUAGCUUUUCAGUUUGCAUUUGAGAGUCACCUACAAGAGAAUGUAGCAUCCAUGGCUCGACAGUAUGUCCGAAGCAUUAUAUCAUCCGUUCAAAGGGUUGCACUGGCUCUCUCUCCUUCUCGUCUCAGUUCUCAUGGUUGUCUCCGGCCACAACCUGGCAGUCCUGAAGAACAUACACUAGCUCGGUGGAUCUGUCACAGCUAUAGGUGUUAUUUAGGGGGGGAUCUACUCAAACCUAGCGGUGAAGGAAGUGAAUAUAUUCUGAAAACCCUUUGGCAUCACCCUGAUGCAAUUAUAUGUUGCUCAUUGAAGGCUUUACCAGUUUUCACUUUUGCAAAUCAAGCAGGUCUCGACAUGCUUGAGACAACCUUGGUUGCACUUCAUGACAUAACUCUGGAAAAGAUAUUUGAUGAUCAUGGGCGAAAGACACUGUGCUCAGAGUUCCCACAGAUAAUGCAGCAGGGGUUUGCAUGCCUUAAGGGUGGUAUCUGUUUGUCUAGCAUGGGGAGGCCAGUCUCUUAUGAGAGAGCCGUUGCUUGGAAGGUGUUGAAUGAAGAAGAAAAUGCUCACUGUGUUUGUUUCCAGUUUGUCAACUGGUCUUUUGUUUGAAAUCCCAAAUCUGAUUAGGUAGGAGUGUAGUGCAAAAGAGAACCCUGGAAUUGCUCAGCUUUUGUAAGUGAGCUUAAUUGGUGAACCUGACCCUGCUUUUGUCUUUUGAGAUUGGUCUUGAUGUUUCAAGGGUCUCUAUACUUAUUUAUUGUUGGCAAAUUUCGUCUUAGAAACACCUUGGUACCUUUAUAUCUAUCUAUUGCAGUUUUUGGUGGUUCUUUUCAAGUUUCAGUUUAGUUUCUGGAAU